UUUUGGACGGCCAGUUCGCGUCCGUCCAUGAUGAGGCAGUGGCUAGCGGUCGCGCUCGCGUCCGCAGCGAUAGCGGACCUGCCUCCGGGAGCGCUGGCACUGUCGCCGCCGGUCCCGCUACUCCUCCCCGUCUACAUCGGUGACGCUCCGCUGGUCGUCCCACUGCCGCUGCCAUUGAUCGUUGAAGACAACCGAGACGCACUGCAGCAGCACUUGGCCGACUUUUGCGCUGCGCACGGCCUGCCAAGCACGCGCUGCAAGGUCGUGUUCGAGGCGCUCACGACGGCUGCGUGGGCCACGGAUGAGAAGGCCGUCUUCCUCGUCGUCAACGACCUCCUAUGGCAGUGGGUCGACAUGCCGGCAGAGAGUCUCGCCAGUCGUAUCUGCCACUACGUCGCGGUCCAAGCCAACCACCCGCACAUGCUCGAUCCGUCCAUGUGCCUCACGACGCUCGAGCUUGCCUUUGCGCGCACAGAAGCCUGGAAGCGUAUGCGCAAGGCCGGUCUGUCCAUGACCUACUCACCGACUCCGACCAACAACAUUUCCGACCCAUCGGCGCCGAGCGUCGAGAAUGUCGCCAUGGUCAUCAAAGAGAUCGACAGCGCCGACCUCCUCGACACAACGACCGACCUGCCAACGACGUACCCAUCGGUCGAAGGCUCCGCUCUCAGCGCCGUCUCCGAGCCAGCGCUCGACGCUCAGUCUUUGCCGACGACCGCGGGCGCCGGUGGCGACGACGCAAGCCUCGGUGUGCAUGCCCCUGUCGUUGAGCGCUCUGCAGACGACGACGUUCUCGAGGUCACGGAUCUGGACGAUGAAGAGUCAGUUCCGACCGACAUACCCAUGUCGCAGCCCCUUCUGGCUGGCCCCAUGACCCCAAUUGUUACUGCUGCGCCGGAAUCCGGAGCAACGAUCGGCGACAGUGCAGUUGCUGACGACCCGGUACACCAAGCCGACGACGACGACCAUGGUCGAGCGAUCCUUGUCGUGGCGCCCGCCGAGUCGGCGAUUGUCGAAGACGCGCCGCCAGCAACCGUUCAGGGUGCUACACCCAUCGAAAACGAUGGGCAACGCAGCUACAAUGACGACACGACGACGACAAAGACGGCGCUGGUGACGCCGGCGCGGCCCGUGUCGAGCGGCAGGUACCUCCACCACGCCGUCUUGGACCGCACUCGAGGCAACUUGACCAGAUCCUCGUUGGACGACACGAGCAUGCCGCAGUGCGCCAUCGAGCUCCUUCCGGCCGUCGACGCCGACGUGCUCCUCGUGACGCCUGCCGCGCCGAUCCUUGUCGACGCCAAAGGCCUUGGCAGCUGCGCGCCGCCAGUCGCCGACCAUGCGUCGCCGCUGCUUAUCGUCCUCUGGGCCAUUGUGCUCAGUAUCAUUGCGCUCCUCUGGCGACGCAAUCUCCUCGCGGCCGCGCAGCUCGAAGUGUGCGCCGCCGAGAUCGCCCGCCUCCACGCCGCGCAAGCAGCGGCGACGCAGGAGGCCUGCGCCGACAAGGAGGCGCUUGCGAUCGCACUGCAAGAGCCCACAACGUUGCGGCACCAGCUCGCCGAGGCCACCGCGCGCCUGGCUUCGCUCCAAGACGAGACCGACGCGCUCGACAGCAGUCGCCGCGCUGAAAUGAACGUGCUGCGCCAGCAAAUUGCCAGCUACGAGGCCCUCGUCGCUGAGAAGGACCGCCAGCUUGCUGCACAAACCGCCCUCGCGUCUGUACCCGAAGAAGAGAGCGUGGCCAUGCCUGCAUCUCUCGACGAAGUCGACAGUGGCGCCGCCUUGCCCGCGACGAUGGUUCGUCAGAGCAGCAGCCUGCUGGACACUGUUAUUAGCAACCAGGAGGCAAACACGCGGCCAAAGCACAGCCGGUUCGGGUCGGCCGCACGCACCAUCGCCCUUGGCUGGAGUCUGAUGCACAUGCCAAAGGCGUCGACGACGGCGCCUGCCCCAGGUUCCGACCUCGCGACCGCAGCCUAGUCGCUCACGCGCCUUGCUCUCUGUACGUAGCUUCGUAGCACCAAGGCUCCAUUGUUAUCAUCAUAAACCCCAUGCAUUCACCACUUAUCUCGCUGCUUACACGAGAAUGUCUUCGGA